AUGAGUCAAUGCUUAUAAUAAUUUGCUGUGUUGUUUGUACUUCUCCUCGGACACGCGUUACAAUAGUUCUAAAAACACGGUACAAGCUAAUCAUCUGUAUAUUCUGUCCCACGGCCACAAAGGCGCCCUCAACUGCCCACAGAACGUAUCUCUCCCCAAGCCCGAACUACACCAAAUUGGCACAGUCAGUUCUCCUGCAGUCCGGAAGUCGCUACCUUAGUGACGUCAUGCUAUGCGCCGGAAAAGGAACCUUCUGGGCCUGAGAGCACCAUAGAGACGGGAGGAGCCGCCCGGAGUGACCCGAAAGGAGAGAGACCCUCCUGAGUGACCGGUAACCAGGGGCACCGGGGAGUGAUCUGGAAGUGAAAGGAUCCUAGUAGAGGCCUAUCCUUCUUGGCAUCUUGGCACUGAGCGGAGAUAGGGAAGCCCCGAGAGAGAGAGAGAGCCGAGAAGAAAGAAGCCCACAGACACUCUCCUGUAACCAGAGGGGCGAACCCAAGUGAUUCCAGAGAGGGUGUGUCCGUCACCUGCAGCGCUGUAGCUCACUGGAACUGUAGCUGGCCUUCUCAUUGACUGUGCUGGGCUUUCUCCCUAGACCUCUGCAAACAGUAUUUCCACAUGUCUCUAUAAUAAACUCUGUUUGAGCCUUUCCAGCACUGGUUGCUAGCCUGAGACUGGGAACCAUUCCACCAUUAAGAAGUGUAGAGCAGUGUUACCUCACGAACCAUGCCGUUUCCCUUUGGGAAGUCCCACAAGUCUCCUGCAGACAUAGUGAAGAACCUGAAGGAAAGUAUAGCUGUGCUAGAGAAGCAGGACAUCUCUGAUAAGAAGGCAGAGAAGCUGAGAGGAGGGUUGUUACCCCACACAUACAGCUCCCCUGCCCUCCAAACCAAUUCCCUUAGACGCCCUACUCCAGGCUCAAAUGUCUCACUUGCUGCAUACUCUGUCGACGACUUACACAUCAGCAGCAGAAGCAAAGAUGCAAAGAAACUGGCAUGGCCCAAAAGGAGAUCAUUUGUUUCUGGGAAGCUGAAGAUGGACAGAACAGCAUUUUGUUCGGCAACUGAAGAGGUGUCUAAAAACUUGGUAGCCAUGAAGGAAAUCCUUUAUGGGACAAAUGAGAAAGAACCUCAAACAGAGGCAGUGGCACAGUUGGCUCAGGAACUGUACAACAGCGGACUUCUUGGAACUUUAGUUGCUGAUCUGCAGCUCAUUGACUUUGAGGGCAAGAAAGACGUGGCACAAAUCUUUAACAAUAUCUUACGGAGGCAAAUUGGAACAAGAACCCCUACAGUGGAAUAUAUAUGCACCCAGCAGAACAUACUCUUCAUGCUCUUAAAAGGGUAUGAGUCACCAGAGAUUGCAUUAAAUUGUGGAAUUAUGUUGCGGGAAUGCAUUCGACAUGAACCACUUGCCAAGAUUAUCCUUUGGUCAGAGCCAUUUUAUGACUUCUUCCGAUAUGUUGAAAUGUCCACUUUUGACAUAGCUUCUGACGCUUUUGCCACCUUUAAGGAUUUACUUACAAGACACAAGCUCCUGAGUGCCGAGUUCCUUGAGCAGCAUUAUGACCGGUUUUUCAGUGAAUAUGAAAAGUUACUACACUCAGAAAACUACGUGACAAAACGGCAGUCGUUGAAGCUGCUCGGGGAGCUUCUUUUGGACCGGCACAACUUCACCAUUAUGACAAAGUACAUCAGCAAACCAGAAAACCUCAAGUUAAUGAUGAAUCUUCUGCGUGAUAAGAGCCGCAACAUUCAGUUUGAGGCUUUCCAUGUGUUUAAGGUGUUUGUAGCCAACCCUAAUAAGACCCAGCCAGUUUUGGAUAUCCUUUUAAAGAACCAGAGCAAGCUCAUUGAAUUUCUGAGCAAGUUCCAGAAUGACCGUACUGAAGACGAGCAGUUUAACGAUGAGAAAACCUACCUAGUGAAACAGAUCCGUGACCUGAAGAGACCUGCACAGCAAGAGGCCUGAGAUGGACGGAACGAGGGAGGGGUGGGAAGGGAACACAAACCCAGUGCUGGCUAUGAAAGUAAUCAGCAUCCCGUGGACUUUGCAACGCAGUAUCUUCACUUUAACCCCUGAACGGUUUCAUCUUUAUUCUGCUUCUUCCAAUUUGGUUUUGAAAUAGUAGUCCAGGAGUAACCUCUUCCUUGCUGGAAGAAACCAGGCGGUGCACGUGCUUCCAGCCGCAGAGAGGUUAAAGGAUGAAUGCAUAACUCCCUUUUAGUUCUUUCUAUUAUCCCAUUGCGCAUUUAUAGCACAAGAUGGAAUGAGUUGCCAUCUUCUCUUCUUCGUUGCAUCAGCACGCGAUAAGCAUUGGCUCCUUCUUGGAGAAGUGGGUGGGGAAGUGAAACAAACUAAGCAAAGGAGAUCUGCUGGUCUCUGGCAAGUAUAUAACUACUAGUCUGGGUUUAUACAUCUAGCGUUUUUUUUUUUUUUUUCGUAUUUUUUUUUUUUUUUUUUUUUUUUUAAUAAUACAAGGCGUCGCAUGCAGAAUAACAGCAAAAUACAAAAAUCUGGUGUCCAUCAGCAUAUUUGCACAUAAACUUGUUAGAGAAACCGAGCACAACGUGCGAUCUGUGCAUAGCUGGUACCUUAUGCCUUGAUCUCAAACAGAGACAACUAGUAAGUGCAAGAGUGCAGAGCUUUUAAUCCAUUCUAAAGCUGAGUAGAGCCCACUGCCAGCCAAUAGUGGGAAGUUUGUGUGUUUUAACUCAGUACGUGCUGGAAAAUACUCUCAACACAUUGCAAAAUGUGUGUUGCUGACUGCUUUGGCACCCGAGAAGUUAAAAUUGUGAAUUGGGGGUAAUAUUUCAACAGGGUUUGUGUACAAACGAGUGUAUAUUCAUUAUAUAUGCCUUUCAACUGCUUUCUUGCUUUCUUUGAUGUUUUAGCAGGUAUGUAAGACAGAAUUACAGAAAAGCAGCAUAUUAUGUCCUUAGGGGGGAAAUGUUCUUGUUUCCUGCAAGAGCCAAUUUAUUUUAGCAAGUGCUGAGUAUUUUCCCACCCUUUUGGCUAAUAACCCUGCCAUGUUUUGUUUUUUUUUUUGUUUUUUUAAAUCAGUAACCUCAACUCAAUAACGUGAAACCACUUAUUACAUGCUAUGUGACACCUAAGUGGUUGCUGUGGGCUCUUCUAGCCUUGUGUCCUUCAUUGGUUUGCUGUAGUUGCAUAAAACUAAUAUAUUCUCUUACACAGUUGCCCAUUAUCAGUCAGAGCCAAUGAGAUGGGGCACUGGUGCGAAAAACUGCUAAAGACCAAUUGAAACGUACUCGGUUAGGGGGCACCCAGAAACAAGUUAUUUCAGUGGCAUCUCCACUCUCAGGUUCUUGAACAUAAAAUGCUGUUUUAUAUCUAAAACACCUUGCAAAAGAAGGUGAUCUCAUUGGUUUGGGUAGGAAGUGGUAAGAUGGAGGCAAAUGUCUAUUUAUUGCUUCACCCUGGGCCUACAGCUUGGUUUGGGACACACAAGAUCAUCUGAGUAGAUAACCCUCAGGCAUGAUACAUGUGUAUGCAGUGUGUAACAUGAGCAGUUAUUCCUGCAUGUGUGAUUGUGUGGCCUUUGCAGAAUAUAUGUAAUGCAGGGGGUCAUGUUGGUUCAUUGGGGCGUGUAUGAGCUUCCUGGGAUGUUUGGGUAUAAGAAUGGCAGCAUGCUGUAAUGCAGUGAGUGUGUUGUAGAGUAGGCUACAUGGCAGGGUAGUUCAGUAAAAUUACAUACUCCUCAUUUAAUAUACAUAUAUAUGUUUUUAUUACAAUUGUAUUCACAGUGUCAUUGCUCUUGGAAAAAGACAGAGGCCACAAUCUUUACUUUUUGAUUUAUGUUUUAAAAUUCACAGCUGAGGAGUGAGAAUCAGGAUCCCAUACAGGUCACCAUUGUUUUGUUUCCCCCCAUACACACACAACUUAUUUAUUGCACGAGGGGUUUUCUGCCUGGGUGCAUGUGGCUUGGACAGUGCAUGUGGUUUGGUUCCCCAUCAAAUAACUUUCCUCUCUCGGGCUCGGUUAUUUGAUGGACUUGUACCCCCCAGAAGAUGCUGAAACCAAAGCCUUGGGUGAAGGGAUAAAUGCUGUGCUUCUAGCAAGAUUGCGUCAGUUUCCUUUGGAAUUUCUGUGUACAUAACGUUUUUGGCCUCUUAUUCGUAAAGAAAAAAAAAUAAACUGUACAGCAAA